AUGCAAAUACACUGGAAGGACAUGAGAGUUGGCAAGCAACUGAAGAUCUCUCUCUGCAGUUUUUCUCAUUCUUUCUUCUUAAUUCUUUUAUUUUUGUUUUCAUUCAUUCUUUUUCUAAAUCUUUUUUUAUUUUUCUUCUUGUCUUUUUAUCUCUGUUUCCAUUCUUUUUUUGUCAGUUUUUUUUUUUUCAAUUUCUUUCCUCUUGUUUUCUCAUUCUUUCUUCUCAGUCUUUUUCAUUUUUUAUUUCUAUUUUCAUCCUGUUUUUUUGACAGUUUUAAAACAUUUUCUUUCUUAUCUUCUCACGUCUUUUCUUCUACUACCCACUUUUCUUCUACUUUCUCAUUUAUUUUUUCAUUCACAUUCUUAUCUCUCCUUGUUGUUUUUCACAAUCUUUAUAAACUUUCUGAUUUCCUUCUUACUUCUCGUUUUUAUGUUCAUAUUUUUCUGAUUUGUGGAGAAUGUUAUUAUUUUCUUUUCGUUCUUUUUUUUUCUAUCUUCCCUUCCAUCAUCCAUAAUUCGCUUCUUCAUAAUUUUUUCUUAUUAUUUGUAAUCAUUCACUUCCUCUCAUAUUCUUUUGCUUUUUCUUUUUCUUUUCAUGCUUAUUCCUUCUCUCUCAUUCUUUCUCUUUCUCUUCUUUCUCUUUCUCUUUUUCUUUUCAUUCUUUUGCUUUCUCUCUCAUUCUUUCUCUCUCUUUCUUUCUCUCUCAUUCCGUUCAUUCUUUUUCUUUCUCUCUCUCUCCUAUCAUUCUUUCUCUUAUUCCUUUUAUUAUUUUGCUUUCUCUCUAAUUCUUUCUCUCUCACCUUUCAUUUUCUUUUCCUCUUCCUUUCAUUCUUUUUUUUCUCUCUUUUCAUUCUUUUCAUUCUUUCCUUUCAUUCUUUUUCUUUCUCUCUCUUUCCUUUCAUUCUUUUUCUUUCUCUCUCUUUCCUUUCAUUUUUUUUUCUUUCUCUCUCUUUCCUUUCAUUCUUUUUUUCUUUCUCUCUCAUUCCGUUCAUUCAUUUUCUUAUCUCUCUCUCUUUCAUUCUUUUGCUUUCUCUCUAA